CGCUUGCUCAGGGCUUGCUGCAGCUGCUCCCGCUGUCGCGGCGUCGCUUUCCCUCCGGCCUCUCCCAGACACUGUGCUGUCUCUUCUGGGCUGUCCGGAGAUUUGGAGAUCCCCGGCUCUUUUCUACCUGCUGUUCGCCUACGGAACUGGAUUUAUCACCCAACUUUCCCAUCUCACCCCGGCCAAGCCGGUACUCGGUGAGAGCCUUGUCUCCUCUUCAAACCCGGCUCCUGGACCCAAGACACUGCCCCCCCGCGCCCCCAGCCCCCUGUGGGGGGUUUCGUGUUUUGGAGGGACGGGUGGGGGGGAGGGAAGGGGACUUAGGUGGGGGUCUAUCUAUUUGACUUCCUUUUGCGGGGACCUGAGAGGACCUGCGGAGCGUCUCCGAGCACUCAAGUGCUCGAUGACCUGGGCAAGAAGCCGGCACAGCACCUGGGCAAUUUGCCUACAUGAGAAAACAUUCAGAAAAAGAUUCUGUGUCUUUGAUGUGUACUCAUUUUAAGUGCUGAGAUUCGCCUGGCUCCUGAUCUGACUUCCUUUAACAGUACUUCUCACAGAUGAGUGGAAGAAGAACUUCCAGUUAAAAGAAAAGUGGGCAGUAACAAGGACCUCAUGGCUAUCAUGGAGGGAACUUACUUCAUCAUGUGGCUAGUUACAAGUUUGGGAUUGCUGGGAGUCAUACAACCAGUGGCAGCAGAAGAUAUGCAGUGUCAGAGAGCUGAACACCCAGUCAUUACCUAUAAAGAAAUUGUCCCCUGGUUACAUGAGUUCAGAGCGAAGAAUGCUGUGGACUUCUCUCAGCUAACAUUUGAUCCAGGACAGAAAGAACUUGUUGUAGGAGCCAGAAAUUACCUCUUCAGGUUGAAGCUUGAGGAUUUGUCGCUGAUCCAGGCUGUGGAGUGGGAAUGUGAUGAAGCUACUAAAAGAGCUUGUUACAGCAAGGGGAAGUCUAAGGAUGAAUGUCAAAAUUAUAUCCGUGUUCUUCUGGUGGGAGGUGACCGGUUAUUCACUUGUGGAACCAAUGCUUUUACACCUAUUUGCACCAAUCGAACGUUGAGUAAUCUGACUGAAAUACAUGAUCAGAUCAGUGGUAUGGCUCGGUGUCCCUAUAGUCCCCAACAUAACUCCACAGCCUUGCUUACUUCUGGUGGAGAGCUGUAUGCUGCAACUGCUAUGGAUUUCCCAGGAAGAGAUCCUGCCAUUUACAGAAGCCUCGGGAUCCUCCCUCCCCUACGCACUGCACAGUACAACUCCAAAUGGCUAAAUGAACCAAAUUUUGUAGCAUCCUAUGAUAUUGGGAACUUCACCUAUUUCUUCUUCCGGGAAAAUGCUGUGGAGCAUGACUGUGGGAAAACUGUUUUCUCCAGGGCUGCCCGUGUUUGUAAAAAUGACAUUGGAGGCAGAUUUUUGCUGGAGGAUACAUGGACCACCUUCAUGAAGGCUCGGCUCAACUGUUCCCGCCCUGGAGAAGUUCCUUUUUACUACAAUGAACUACAGAGUACAUUUUUCCUUCCUGAACUGGAUUUAAUCUAUGGGAUAUUUACCACUAAUGUGAACAGUAUAGCUGCUUCUGCUGUGUGCGUGUUCAAUCUGAGUGCCAUCUCUCAGGCAUUCAAUGGACCUUUCAAAUAUCAGGAAAAUUCUCGCUCAGCGUGGCUACCUUACCCGAAUCCCAAUCCCAAUUUUCAGUGUGGUACAGUAGAUCAAGGCUUAUAUGUGAACCUGACAGAAAGAAACCUUCAAGAUGCUCAAAAGUUCAUUCUAAUGCAUGAGGUAGUCCAGCCCGUUACUACAAUUCCUUACUUCAUGGAAGACAACACUCGGUUUUCUCAUGUUGUAGUAGAUGUCGUUCAAGGCAAAGACAUGCUUUUCCAUAUCAUCUAUCUGGCUACAGAUUAUGGCACAAUUAAGAAGGUCCUGGCCCCGAUGAACCUGACUGCCAGUAGCUGUUUGCUUGAGGAGAUUGAGCUGUUCCCUGAAAGGCAGAGAGAGCCCAUAAGGAGCCUGCAGAUUUUGCACAGCCAAAGUGUUCUGUUCGUGGGUCUUCAGGAGCACGUGGCCAAGAUCCCCUUGAAGAGAUGCCUCUUUUAUACCUCGCGCAGUGCUUGUAUUGGAGCCCAAGAUCCCUAUUGUGGCUGGGAUGUAGUGAUGAAGAAAUGUACCACCUUGGAAGAGAGCCUGAGCAUGAGCCAGUGGGAGCAGAAUAUCUCGACAUGUCCAACAAGGAAUUUAACAGUGGAUGGAAAUUAUGGAGCAUGGUCACCAUGGACACCUUGUACUCAUACGGAUGGAAAUAUGGUUGGUUCUUGCCUCUGUCGAACUCGUUCCUGUGAUAAUCCUUCUCCUCAGUGUGGAGGCUGGCAGUGUGAGGGCCCAAGCAUGGAAAUUGCUAAUUGUUCCAGAAAUGGAGGCUGGACUCCUUGGACCUCUUGGUCACCGUGUAGUACAACUUGUGGCAUUGGUUUCCAAGUUCGUCAGCGUUCUUGCAGCAAUCCCACCCCUCGCCAUGGAGGCCGGGUGUGUGUGGGACAGAACCGGGAGGAAAGAUACUGUAAUGAACAUUUGCUGUGCCCCCCACACAUGUUUUGGACAGGCUGGGGCCCGUGGGAACGUUGCACUGCCCAGUGUGGGGGUGGGAUCCAAGCUCGCCGCAGGACCUGUGAGAACGGGCCAGACUGCCCAGGCUGUAAUGUGGAAUAUCAGCCAUGUAAUACAAACUCAUGUCCAGAGCUGAAAAAAACCACACCUUGGACCCCUUGGACUCCUGUCAACAUCUCUGACAAUGGAGGUCACUAUGAACAACGGUUCCGUUACACUUGCAAGGCUCGGCUGCCUGACCCCAAUUUGCUGGAGGUGGGAAGGCAAAGGAUUGAAAUGCGUUACUGUUCCAGUGAUGGUACCAGUGGCUGUUCCACAGAUGGACUCUCUGGAGAUUUCUUGCGAUCUGGAAGAUACUCUGCCCAUACCAUCAAUGGUGCAUGGUCAGCAUGGACUCCUUGGUCCCAAUGUAGUCGAGACUGCAGCCGAGGCAUUCGAAACCGCAAACGGGUCUGUAACAACCCUGAACCCAAAUAUGGAGGACUUCCCUGUCUUGGUCCAUCAUUGGAAUACCAGGAAUGUAAUAUCUUGCCCUGCCCAGUUGAUGGAGUUUGGUCUUGUUGGUCACCAUGGUCAAAGUGCUCAGCCACCUGUGGAGGUGGACAUUAUAUGAGGACCCGGUCAUGCACAAACCCUGCCCCUGCAUAUGGAGGAGACAUAUGCCUUGGUCUCCAUACUGAAGAGGCCCUCUGCAACACGCAGCCAUGUCCAGAUAGCUGGUCGGAUUGGUCAGACUGGUCCGAGUGUGACUCUUCUGGAACUCAAUUCCGAGUCCGUCAGUGUAUCAUUUUAUUUCCUGUGGGCAACCAAUGUUCUGGAAAUACCACAGAAAGUCGAUCUUGUGUUUUUGAUUCUAACUUCAUUCCAGAAAUAUCUGUAGCAAGAUCCAGUAGUGUAGAAGAAAAAAGAUGUGGUGAGUUCAACAUGUUCCAUAUGAUUGCAGUAGGAUUAAGCAGCUCUAUUCUUGGUUGCCUUCUUACUCUGCUCAUCUAUACAUACUGCCAGCGAUACCAGCAGCAGGCCCACGAUGCCACUGUCAUCCAUCCAGUCUCACCAGCUCCUCUUAACACAAGCAUAACCAACCACAUCAACAAACUGGAUAAAUAUGAUUCUGUAGAAGCCAUCAAGGCAUUUAACAAAAACAACUUGAUCCUAGAGGAAAGAAACAAAUACUUCAAUCCACACCUCACUGCAAAGACCUAUUCUAACGCCUAUUUUACAGAUCUCAAUAAUUAUGAUGAGUACUAAUAGCUCUUAUAUUUUUGGUCUCUUGUAAUUCCCCAGUCCCCCAAGGCCUGUGCUACAUGACUGCCCAUGUGUUUGAGGCUUCAGAGAUGAAGUUUGGAGACAUUUCAAGCACACCUCAAGCCAUCAGUGUCCCAUUGCUGCCAAAAAUACAUACCCUAAUACAACAUAAACUGUGUGACAUCAUGAAAAUUUGGUCUCCGGCACCUGUUCAUAGUUGAAUGAGCCAUGAGAAAUACUGUAUGUCACUGUGUGAGAAGUUUUAUAAUUGUGGUCAGUCAAAUUUCUCUAACAAGUUGAGGAUUAUUUUCUUGAACUUUUUUGUAAUUGUGCUACCUGCCUUUGGAGAUUUCCUUAAGUAAAGUACCACUGGGUUCCUUUAGGUGUGUUCUUUCAAGAUAUUUUAUAAGAGGAAAAUGAGCAAUUGAUGAUGAGUCUCUCUAAAGUGAAGCAUUCAGGUCUUUGUAACACUGUAUAAAAUUCUGAAGAAAAAGUUUACCAUACAGAUGUUCCACAGUGACCCCAGAUGUUCCCCAAUCUAAAGAAUGCUCUGGCUGGAAUGCCUGGAAGCAACCGCUCCUCUUUUUUGGAUUGGAAAUGGAAUCUAGCCUGAGUAAGCCAGGAAAUACGAGAUGGCUUAUAUCUGCAAAGAAGAUUACAUGAACCCUUGAGACAACUCAAGCCUUUUAUCUUGUCACACUGGUUAUUUUGGUUAGUUGGCGAAGAGGGUAGAGAGGUGAGGUGCAGAUUCCCUUUGAAAGUUUCUGCAUGUUAUCGGUUAGCUAGUCUUCUUGUAACAUUCGGAUGUGCAUGGCAUUCCAAAGUCCUCCCCUCUCCGUGUUGUUUGCAUAAGGGAUCCACACAUCUGGCCCAUUGAAACACUCAAGGAAGCCAAACCAUGAACUAACCAACUGCAUAAUAAUUGACUCACUCCUCUCUCCUUGGCUGGCUUGGGAACAAAUGGACAACACAGAACUGCUUUUCUGGUUACAAAUCUGUUUAUCCAUGCCUGUUUUUUGACAGAUAAACCAAAUGCAAUUGUGUUAUGAAAGGCAACUUUUUUGCCAUGCUCCUGAAGUAUCUGAUAUACAUUAAUCACUUCCUGACAAGAGCAUUAAUGGUGUUGUUUAAAGUGGGCUUCCUGUAAGCCAAAUGCUGUAAAUAUUUAAAACUAAGUUUAAAGCUAUCAUUUUCUGCCUGUAACUUCAGGGAAGGAGACUGAUAACUAGUUGUUACUUAUGUUGUGCCACUGCCCACGUUCUCAGAGUACCUUCUCUUGAUGCGGCACGUCAACCUACAUCUGAAGCAAUUAACUUCGAGGAUUGCCAUAGAGAGACAAAGACGUGCCCAUAAAUGGCCCUGAGAUUCUGAGAAAUGCUUGAUAAAAGAAACAUUUCAGAGUGCUUUAGUAUUCAGCACUAUCCACAGACAUUUCCCAGAUAGUCGAAAAAAGUCAAAUGAUGUGAAUGUAAACAUAUGGUACACAACUGUGGUAUGGGGUGAUGAUAUUUGAACAAUUUCUCUUAAAGUGAAAACAGCAAAACAUAUUUCACCUCAACAAUUCUUGACAUUCUGACAAAAAACAACACACAAAUGAUAAACAUACACAUUUGUUGUAUCUGUUAGAAAACCCACUUUGAUAUUGGUAAAAUAGCCCUGAAGGGAUACUGAAUGAUAGAGAUAAAUUCUACGGAUGUGUACCUGGGAAUAUUUUACUCAAGGCAAGGUCAAAGCUAGAAUUUAAGGUUAGAAAAACCCAUGAUGGACCAUGUAAUACUGUUGAAUUAAGAAAAGUUUCUCCUCUCUCUCUCUCUCUAUAUAUAUAUAUGUUCAACAACUACUCUGUAGUAAAGUUUUAAAAGGUAGAUAAUCUCUGGUAAUCUGAUGGCAUCUGGGUGCUUCUCCAAUGAUGAGCUCAUCUCGUACCAUAGGUGUUAUUUAACUGCAUCAUCAGAUUGUGUCUUGUGUAUGUGGAUUUAUGUUUAAUGAAUGAAACUCAGAACAGUUUCUGCAUUGUUUUCGCUAUUUGUGGUGUUUGUUUUGAUCCUUCAUAGAUGUCCCAACCUAUCCCAUCACUUCUUCAAAAGGAACAGUGGUGUCCCUGGAUACUUCCUUAUUUCCAUUUUUCCCUCUGAAAGAUUUUCUUGUCUUUAAAAAUGAGGCUAUGUAUUUCCCCCCAGGAUAAGAGGAAAUUAAUGCUUCAAGUCCAAUAGACCAGUUGGAAAAAGCUUUUAGAAUGAGAGCCAGUCUGGUAUUAUUAAGAGUUUUAUUUAGCAUCUAGGGGGAAAUAACAGAAUUUUCAUAUAAAUAACACAAUUCUAAAGAUACCCACUGCCAAAAAACCUUUUCUCUGAUUUCCUGCAGGCUAUUCAAAUAGAUUUUUUUUUGCAUUCUGAAUUUUACAAAUUUUAAAUAGCAGCAAUUAGAUUAGAGUAACUAAAAUAUAUACAUUUCUUGAAAUAUUUUAGCCAUAUGUGAUAUUCUUAAUUUUUCAAUAAUUUUAGUCAUUUCAUACAUGUAUUAUAUACUUUAUAUAUCAUGCAUCUACACAAUUUGUCCACAUAAUAAUAACUGAACACCACUAGCAGAAAGCACUUAUAUAAAAUUGUUUUAGACAUUAUAAAGCUUUGAAUUUCUGCAGAAACUUUGAAGACUAUCUUGACCCCUCCCACUUUUAUUUUCUUGUAUAGCUUGAAUUUCUUUUUCCAUUCUAAUAAAACUCAAGUCACAGCCUUGACUUGAUGCUAUGUAGUGAAUCAUUGAUGCUAUGUAGUGAAUCAUUGGAAGGACAUCAGUUCAUUUUAACAUAGUUCCUCUUACAAAUCAGUCUUCAGAUUGGUUGAACUUGAAGGUCAGGUGAAUUUCACUCCAAAGCUGGCUUUUAGUCUUAUAAUUUUGAUUCUCUCCUAGUAAUUCUUCUAGUGUUCAAAGUUAGUAUCUCCUAAGAUAACGUAGUAGCUGGGAUGCUGGACAUGGAGUCAGGAAGCUUGGGUUCAAAUCUCAUUUCAUCCAUUUACUAGAUGUGUGAUCCCACAAGAAAAGAAAAAAUAUAUAAAUAAUAUAGUAUCCGGAUAGUGCAUAUAAGGAAAGUUAGACACCAGUAAAGCAAUAUAAGAAAAUAACAUCAAAAAUGAAAUUGAGAGAUUAUAUCAGAGAUCUACUCUCUUUCUAGACAGGGAAUAGAUGUAUGGUAAUUAUACUUCUGCUAGUACAUAUAUAUCAUAUAUAUAUUUAAUUUCAACCUAAGCAUAUGGGUGUUUUUAUGCUUUUGAAUAUUAUUUCAGCCAUCUUCAUUUCCCUAUUCCUACAGCACAUUUUUAAUAAUUCUAAAUAAAUAAUGUUUAAUUAGGAUCAUAGUUUUCACAUUGGAGUAAUGAUAUCCGAGUGAUCCUAAUGAAGUUGAGAAGAGAAGACAUGAAAUGUAUAACAUCCCUUUAUGCAUCUUACAUGUGAACAUAAGUAUUUACAUAUAAUAUAAAGCCCAUCUCACUCAUAUUGAAUAAAGGAUAUAUUAGGUUAAUUGAAUCCUAAAAUUAUGCAAAACAGAAAAUGAAGAAAAAUAAAGGAAAUUAUAAUAUUUUUCAUUUUAACAACAUAAAUUUUCAUUGCAACAUUUUUUCUUUAAAAAAAUCCCUGAAGAGAAAUAGGAAAUGUUAGCAUUUGCAUUUGCUCUCAGGUAGAUUUUUAAAUCAUUGAAUCCUUAUGAUGUGACACUGAAAUGACAAUGUUUAAGAUGAGGUCAUCUUAUUUCACCAGUUGGCCUCUAAAACAAUGAAAAACAUAAAUAUCCAAAUAACUUUAAGUGGAAUUUUGUGGCCAUUGAUUACAAUUUAAAAAAUGGGUAAAGCUUUAAAAUUACACUGUUGAAGGGCCUGGUUUUUCAGAUGUCAGUAAAAGAAGGCAUGUUAGAGUAGAAUUUCUCUUAAAACACAUAAAAAGUCAUAUUUUUGUAUCAAGCAAAAUAGAUUAUUUGAUCUGACUGUUUUCUUCACUACAUACUACAAAUGAAGCAUUUCCCCUUUAAAGUUACUAAGGCCUUAGGAUACUUUGGAGUGUUUUCCUGCCUUUCAGUAAAUCGGUGCAGGCGAUUCCCCAAAGCUUUCCAAAAGCUUUCCACAUCAGCUGCAUACACACAAUGGCAUAAAAAUGUCUGUAGCCUUUGGAUAUCAUUUAAUAGUUCACUGUGUUUCUUGUGCAUGAAUUUGUACUGUAGCAUCACCUGUAUCUGAAUGUCGCUUUUAAUCUACUACUGCUAUUUACAAAGACAGUGCCAUAGAAUCCCCUCAUAGAAGAAGGCUUUAGGGUAGAUAACAGUUAGGAACAGCUGGAGUGAGUGAAAGUGUUGAUCUGUGCAAAUCUAAACCCAAAAGUUCUUAGUGUGGAAGACUUGCUAGAGGUGUUCCUGCAUGAUCAGUACAUUUCAGGGACAGAGGAAGCUUGGUUGAUGUGUAUUUACACAAACCAUUGGCAGCUGGCCCUUGUGGAGGGGGAGGCCACUCUAAUGGAGCCUCCAUGCUUACUCAGUUGUGUUUGGUGGUUUCUGCUACAAUCCACCCACAGUCAACCCACCAACAAAUGAGGGUAGAAGUUUUUAAGAAAGAGGAAUCAGACCACAUUAGAAACAAUUAAAAUACUGGAAAUUCAAUGGUAUUUGUUUGUCUUUGCAAGAGUUCUAAGGAGGUUUAUCUUGGUGAGAGUCAAAAUUGUUCACAGUGAUCAUGCAGAUAGAGAAAAGGAAACCUUUGUAGACUAUUUCUGCUGAUUUUUAUUUGAUACUCAAGCAAAAUAAAUUAAUUUUACUAUAAACCCAAAGAAAGCAUAGUAAAGGAAGGAAGUAUACUGCAAAACUAUAUCAUGAAUUUGGAAAUGGAUGUUGAACAUUAUUAUUACAUGCAUUUGGUAAAAUAAAAUAUAUUUGAAUUGUUUGAAAGGCGAUUUUCCUAAAAUAAACAUAUUAUAUAUGUAUGUAUGCAUAUACAUACUUAUAUAGGUUUAUGAAGUCCAUUGUACUUUGGCAUGAUAGAAAAAAAUUUUAAUUUGGGAAUUACACUUCAUAUGGAGAUAACCUCCAUUCAGGUCCAUAAAAGAGAACUAUAAAGAUGGUGUAGUGGAGAGAAAGCUAAAGUCUGGAAGUGCAGAAAACUUGAUUCAAUUCCCAUGUCUGCCAUUAACUUCCUGGGCAGGCUACCUCACUUUUUUAAACUUUGGUGUCUUCAUCUGCAAAGUUAGGAGAUUAGACUACAUGUUCUCAAAGGCCUUUUCUGUCUAUUACUACCCUUCAAAGAAAUGUGUACAUGAAGAUGUAGUUGAUUUUCGUAGAAAUAGUUAUUAAGCAAUAUAUUUUCCUGCAUUCUACUAUACACAAAACAGGGUUUUUUAUUAUUACUUUUUUGGUGCUUCGCACCCUUGAAAUAUGGUGGAAAAGACCAAAUAAUUCAGUUUUAUUUAUUGAAUUUAUAGAUGAUUUCUGAAAAUAGAGAAUUCCUCUUCCUUUUGUGUGUCUCAAUGGGCAAACAAAGAUGAUAUAAUAAACAAUGAUAGUACAUAAAAACUAUCUAAAAUGAGGUCUAUUCAAAAUAUUCACACAAUUUAACAUGAUAAUUGACCAAUAAAUAUGAUAAAAUACAACUUAAUCCAGAAUUAGGAGUACCUAAUUCAUAAGCUCCUAGAAAUCUUUGAAUAGUCACAGUCCUGGAGGAAAGAAGACUCCAACUAUUUUAAAAUUUCCUGAAAAUCAUGUUGAUUUAAUCAUGUAAAAUGUUCAAACUGAGAGUCAAGUGCUUAUUUCCAGCUUGGGCAAAAAACAGCAACUCAUUUCUGUAACUUAAUGAAACAGUUUUCUCAAAACAAUCUUAAAGAUUAAUUAGUAUUACCAUUUUACGUGUGAUAAAACAGAUUCAACAAAGUUACGCUGUAUAUCGAUUGUUACAAAACUAAUAUUUAUUAAGACUUUGUGUAUAUAUUAAUACACACAAAUUAAAUCAAUUUUUAAAACUAACUUUCUUUGAAAUAUAUCAGUUUUACCUAGUUGAAAUUAAGAUACAACUAAUGUAAAAUGUAAGUGUAGGAGCAAAAAGGCAGUCACCUUGAACAUACAUUCCUAGAAAUAGGAAAAAACAGAAAUCAGCUUCUUUUUUCUAAAACAAAAGGCUAACGAGAGGCAAAAGAAAAGCUUUGUCUUUCUUUGAUGACAUCAAUCUGUUCUGUAGCAAUUUAACACUGAUAGUUGAGACUGAAAAUGAUGUCACUGUCAGAUUAGAGGUUUACAGCUGGAAAGAAAAUUCUGAUUUUAGACAAUCCAAAUUUCAUCUCUUUACAAUUUCUCCCAGGUAAAUACCUUCUUGGGCCACUCAUAUAAGGAUUUAAAUUUCCUCUGAAAAACCUAGAUUAGUGCCUUGCAGAAGGCGAACAUUUGCUUAUUUCAUCAAUAUGUUAUUUGUUCCAAUUAACAAAAGAUAAUGAGAUAUGGGAAAUAUUGUUUCAGAAAUCAUUUUCACAUGUCCCUUUGAACUCAGGAAUGGUAAAAGAUUAAGAACAUUUACUUGGUUAUUCAUUUUUAAUGUAGCCUCAUGGUAAGUGCUCUACAUCAGUAUGACUUUAGAGAAUUUUUGUUGUCCUUUAAAUAUUUUCUUCAUGUUCCAAAGAACAUUGAAGGACAUUUUCUGUAUCCGUAUUGUCAUUGAGAUGCCUACAGACUUCAGAAGUUUUGUUAUUGUUCCUGUCAUUCCCUCAUCCAUAGAAACAGGAAAGUUGUUCACAGGUCACUGACAGCUGCUGGAUACAUGGUGGGUGGCAGAAUGAAGGAUGACUUUCGAGAUUAAGCCUGACUCCUGAUUCUUUUUUUCAGUUGAUUUCAAAGCCACAACACAAAGUUACAAAUUCAGGGCACCACUGUCUCCCAUUAAAAGACACGGACAUUUGCCAAUCCCACUGAACUCCUACUUAACUCCUUUAAACCAUAACUGUGGAUCUAAAAGGACCUCUUACUUUUCUACUGUGAAAGAAAGGCUUUGAAUGAACCUAGCAGCCUGUGCAACUCGCCAAGGCAUCAUGUAAGAAAAUGCUUAUGCUCUGACCAAUGCAAGAUUUGUUUAAGCAUUUGAUGAAGUCAGUAUGAUUCUUUGUACCAUUUAAUCUGUGUAGGAAGCAGCUUCUCCUUCAGAAGAUGUCAUGUCACUGUGUUAUCCCAACAUUGCAACAGAGGACUCAGCAGCAUUUCUUUGGGGAAUUAAAAAAAUGAACACACGGAAGGAUUAUUUCUUCAUUAAAUCUUCUCCACAGUCAAGCCUCAUUGUUCGACGUCUUUUGCAUGAUGUUGCUCUUGUCUUCAGAGCAGUUAUUUUUGCUUCUUAAAACCUGGGACUGCCUCAUAAGAAAUUGACUGGUUUUGUUGUUGUUUUUAACUUUGAUAACAAAAUGGAGUUCAGUUGUCCAGUCUAGAUGCUCUAGGGUUGCCAGGUUGCUCCUAACGCUGGUCUUUAGACAUUCCACCUUAGAUCUGAGCCCUCUUCUCCUUAUUUUCCCCAUGUCAAUCAGCAUGAACCAUUCUUAAAACAAGUUUGCUAGACAUUUCUAGCAGAAAUUUCCAUUGUUUCAUUUUUGUCCUUGCUGUUUGUCAUUCAAAGAGUCUUCAGUGUUUGCAAUAGUGCUAAUACUACAACUCAGAUGAGUUUUUAAUGAGAAUUGAAAGACCAAUAGUUAAAAAACAAUCUGCUUAAGACAUUGAUUGUGAAUAUGAAUUGCCUCCAAAAGGUUCAUUUGUUGACAACUCAGCCAUGGGGCUCAUUACCUGUUGCCUUCAUUCUAUUAUUGCCACUUUUAGAAACAGGUAAUGGCUUACCCAGCCAAUCAAUGGAAACAAAUUCUAAUAGGCAUCUAGCAUCAACUCUGGAGAAAAUUACUAAAUUUCUUAAAAGUGCAAUUAGCCAUCAUUAUGCAAGUGAUACUGUUGUUUUCACUGCAGACUUGAUUGCCAAUUUCUGUAUCCAAAGUCAAUUUGUCAUCAGAGACUUUGUAAAUUGAUAGACAGUAAACUUGGCAAUUGCCUCCAAUGCAACUUGUUCCGCUCCCCAGGUUCACCCCUAUAUCAUCUCUGACAAAAAAAUUUUGGUAAAAAAAAAAAAGAAGAAAAGAAGAUGAAUCCUGAUCAUGUACAGUAUAAAUUGUAUUAUAUUUUUUGUACUUAUGCUUUAUGUAAAUAGUUUGUCUCAUUUGGUUGUUUCAAUUGUAUGUGAGCAUUGAAAAUAAAUCCCUACCCUUUAGGAAA